AGGACCCGUGCCUCCGAGUUGUGCAGCAAUGCUGUCACGUGACGCUGGGAAAAGGAAUGCCAACAUGGACCCGUGGCAAGGACGGGAUGUGAGUGUGCUACGACAAUAACACGACGCAGGAAAAAAGAAAAGAGGAAAAUAUAAGAACCUAUCGACGGAGCUGCUUUUCUCCACCGAGCCUCCUCCGAUCUAUACACGGUUUUUGUGAUCCCACUUCUGGAUAGUGUUUCCUCAACAUCCUCUCCUCUGCAUUUGGCCUGGAUCAAUGGUGUCUCUCGGCAGCAGAACGCUGAGUUUGGAGAAUGAGCUGUUCAGGGACAGCGGCAGCCUGUUCUCCCUCUGCCUGGGAGACGGAGCCCGCAGCGAGGGGGGCAGCUCAGCCUCCUGCGACAGCCCUGAUGCUGGGGAACUGGGGGCUAUGCACAGCUCCAGCCCUGGGGAGGAAGAAGAUGAUGAGGAGGAGGAGGAAGACGAAGAUGAAGACGAGAGGGCGAGUCUUUAUAUUUUUCCUGGAGCAGAGGAAGAGGAGGAACAUGCGAGUCAGGAGCCUAAGCUGCCAGAAUUCCCUUUCCAUCCCUCUUCCCCGUUCUCCCCAACCCUGGAGGAAAUAGAGGAGUUCUUGAGGGAAAAGAUGGAACUGGUCAAAGAAGGGCUUCUGGUCCCAAAAGAGGAGGCCUCCCCUCUACCAUGCAGUGGCUCUCCAUCUUCCACUGCGCCCCCAGAUGCUUCCCCAGAGACUUGCAGUAACAUAGGGACGAGUGCCUCUCAUUGCACUUCAAGCCCAAUGACCCCUCAGAACGAGCAUAACAGCUCCGGCCCAGAGGACUCGUCCCCUUCUGCCCAAGUUAAUCACUCACCUUCCACCAGAACCCCGCCGAUACUCCUGGGCGCUCCGCUGGUUCUCCAGCUCCAGCCCCUACCUCUGGCCCAGCCUCCGGCCCUAGCAGGCUCUCCGCCUGGGACUCAAAGUGGCAUUUGGCUCACUCAUCUGGUCAUGGGCCUCCAGGGUGCAAGAGGACAAAAUGUCACCCUAUUGGCUCCGCAGGUGCCCUCCACCCCCACCACCUUGUUAUCACUAAACAGUGGAGAUAAGUCAGCUGACCAGAAGUAUGUGAAGAUUGCCCCUCUGCCCAUUGCUAUGAGGACUCUAGAAAUCACGGGUGUGACUGGGAUUGGGGGCCAGGGCAAUGGUCUGUUGAAGGCCGUGUCCCCCCGGGUGACUAGAUUGCCGCCUACAGAGAGGGUCCAUAAGUGCUCCCACCCAGGCUGUGGGAAGAUGUACACCAAAAGCAGCCACCUGAAAGCUCACUUCCGCCGGCAUACGGGAGAGAAACCCUACACAUGUAGCUGGCCUGAGUGUGGCUGGAGGUUCUCCCGAUCUGAUGAACUGUCUCGUCACCGCCGCUCUCACUCUGGCAUCAAACCGUACGAGUGCUCACUGUGCGAGAAGAAGUUUGCCCGCAGCGACCACUUAUCCAAACACACAAAGGUCCACCGCAGCUCCAGGCCCAGCAGGAUUAUCAAAGCCACUGUGUGACACCCUUUAGCUGGCCUAAACCCUGCCCUGCACCCACUCAGCCUGGCUUUGACCAGGGGGGGUCCGGGUCUCCCUCAGGACUUUUGGUGCUUCACAAGCAGAACUUUCCGAAGAAUUGUGAGAGCUGGCCGCUGUUUCCCCCUCAUAUUUGCCUUCCUCUCUCUCCUCCCUGCUUUUUAUCUUUCACUGUUCCUUUUGAGCAGCUCACCUUAUACUGAGCAGCCACCUCAGGAAAAACUCAGCUGAAAUUGGAUUGCCUUCACACACAGAAUACAAAACACAUAACAGGAGACAGUCUUACAGAGGCCCCUCUUGCAACCACUGCUUGCACUAGCAAGCUACCUACCAGGUGCUGUUGGAAGUCGGGUGGUAACCAGCAAUAGUAGUGUCUGUAAUUCUAUAAUCCCCUUUCUGCUUUCGGGAUUGUCCUUUCUCAAAACCGAACUUCAGGGUCCACAUGGAUUAAGCUUCCCAACGUUUUUGUACGCUGCGACAACAAACAUUUACGUCACAUAUAUUUCAUGUGUCCUAAUUAUAUAGACAUGUAAAUGUGUCAGCCAUCAGUGUAGGGUGGAAUUCUGAUAAAAGCUGUAGAAUAUUCUCUAAAUUCUUUUUAGAUUUUCAAAGUUCCAGUUCAUGCUGAAUGAACGGUAUGACUCCUGAUAUUAGGAGACAUGGUUUUUGUGCGACUAAACUUGUUGCUUUGCUCACAAUUUCAGCCAACUGAGGAACAUUCUUCAUUGCAAUCGUCCAAUCAUAAUCCACCCUGUUUUGACCCGUAUGCCUUUUCUCAGCCCCAGUAUACCCUCAUCUCUAUUGAUGCCUUUGUCCAUAUCACAAAACCACCUCACUUGAUCCUACUGUUAUCAUAUGACUGCUCUUAUUUAACUGUGAUUCGGAACUGGGGGUUUGCCAAACCAGAAAACCCUGUUAUGGCCCUGAGAGAGAAUGAAGACGACACCCUCGGUGCUUGACAGUUUAUAAGCUCUUUGUUCUCUGAAAUACUUUUGCAAUCAUUGUGCAGCCGACUUAUGUGGCUUAGAAAAUGACUAUGUUAUAUUCUGGCUCAAUGGGGCAAAAGUAAUGUGAAACACUGCUCUUCCUAAUUUACAGUAGGAGUUACUGUAAUACAUUUCUCUGUUGGUUUUAGCAGCAAGAAAAGGUAAUAGUUUAAACAGCUGGAUAUGCAGCUAACAUCUACUAAAUCAUCUGUAUUAGCAUACUCAAUAUAAUGUGUACUGAGCAUAAAGGACAAAGAAAACAUGUACAGCUUGUAGCCUUUAUAUAGAUGUGAUUUUCAAUCAGUGCAUUAAGCUAUUCAGUUGUGUUUCUGGACAGGUGUUUGGUCUUUUAUGUGAGUUUGAUUGUAGCGUGAUCAAUCUGUGGAAUGUCAGACUGAUUAUGGUCUGGGAUUUGGAGUCUCACUCUACCCAUUUGCAAACCAUUAAGCAGAGUCUGCUGGUCUCAAGUGCACUUGUGUUAGUGGAAAGUGAGAAACAGUCAUUGUGCUCUUUUGGCAGUUCCAUUACAUGUAUUCAUUGAAGCCAUAAAAUGCCAAAACAAUUUUUUCUUUUGAGGAAGGUUAAACUGCACUGUGCAAUACAGUCACUCUUAUCAUUUGUUCUUUAAAAGUGUCGGUGCUUGUUAACCUACCAGUGCUUCACAUGGGAGACUGUAUAACUGAAAUCAAAACGCUUCACAUGACUGGAUCGUCUCUGUUGAAGCAGCAGGAACAAACCGUAGGCUCCUGGCAAUCUUAACUAAACUCAAGCAACAUUAGUGCUUUUGGAUACACUCAAAAGUAGAGCACUUCCUGCAUGUAGCAGUGCACAUUUACACAGCAAUCAUCCUCAUAUCUCUGUUGUUUUUCAUAACGGAUACAUUAGGUUUCACUCUUUUUAAAAACAAUCUUGCUUAGUAAUGUAGAAACCCAUUCAAAGCAGACAGACGGGCAGACGUGUUUAUCUGUCUGAACCAGUGCUGUCUUUGUGUCUGAGCCUCCCCAGGCUGCUUCUACUGACCUACAUCCAGACCUGUAUUCUCUAAUCAUCAUCCAAUUCUCUCUCUCUCUCGUUUCUCUCUCAGUCCUGCCUGUGUAUAUGGUUGAACAGAGGCUUUAUUUUUAUUAUUUUUUGAAUACCAGAUUUGCUAUUUUCCUAUUUGCAAAAAUAAAAAGCUAAAAUUUAAAAUGAUAAAUCCUUAGCUUCGUUGUCAUUUGCUAACUGAAAAUAACUGUCACUGCAGUUAAGAGGACAUAAUGGGAAUCACAGUAAUUGCAAGUAUGAGAAGAUAAAAACUGUUAUUUUUUGUUUUAGGGCGUGGCUUCCUUGUGAUUGACAAGUCUCGAGCACGGUGUUGUCCGGUCUGGGUAUUGUCCGUGUUUUCAUCUUGGAGCUUUAUCCCUUGUGUGUUCAGUUGUACUUAGCUCCACCCUCUCGUGUCACUUCUGGUUCCAAAAAAACCCACAAAACAACAAGACAAAGUGUGUGUAUAGCUGGUGAACAUACUGAGCAUUUAGCAGAAAAAAGACACAGAUAUUUUGGAGUUGGUGCAAUAAUGAGAGUGAAUAUUAACUCCUAUUCACCAACUGGCUUGGGGUAAGACUUUAUAUGAAUGCAAAUUUUGCUUCGUGUCUGUCUGUUAUAGUUUGCUGACAUUUUCCCAACUUGAUAACAGUGUAAAUGACGUGCUUUCAGCUUGUUCUGCUGUCCAAAAAAAUAUUAAUCCAGCUUUAAGUACAAUUCUUAGACAAUACCAUACUUAAGUAUUUACAUUUCUGUGACUUUAUGCUUUUACUUUAAUACGUUUAAUACGUUUCCGAAGCAACCUUUGUUCUUCUUAUUCCACUACCCUUAUUUG